AUGGUGGUUGCGUGGAGGUUAAUGUCUGGGUGCAGCACGGGCGUUGGAGAUGGAGAUGAUGAAUUCUGGCGAUGGACCUAUGGCGGUGUGAAAAUGGAUCGGACUUUGCUUCUCUCCAUGCUACUGAACGGGCCGUUUGUCCUGGUGAAAGAGAAUAGAACCUUUGAGGAGGCUUUGAUCCACUGCAGACACAACUACCACGACUUGGCCUGGUCCAUCGACAAAGAACCAUGGAAGAGCGAGGCCCUUAAGGAAAUCCAAAAAGCCAAGAGUGAGUUUGUGUGGGUGGGGCUGCAUUUCGCCUGCUUCUUCGAGGAAUGGUUCUGGGUCGACGGCAAGUACGUCUCCGCCACCAACGACAACUGGAAGAAUUCUGUGGAGGGAAAGUGUGGUGAUGUUGCAGCAGUGAAGAAAAAAGACAACAAAUGGUACAAGGAGAAUUUGGGGAAAAAAUACAACUUUAUCUGUCACCUGUGUUGGUCAGUGUCUCUGGACCUUGAGUACCACUUUAUAGAUAAGAAUAUGUCGUGGUUUGAGGCUCAGCAUUACUGCAAAGAUCACUUCACAGACCUGGCCUCAGUGAACGACAUGAAGGACCUGAAGAACCUGAAGGCUGCUGCAAACGGACGCACGGACGCCUGGAUCGGACUUCACACCAAACGCCAAACCACAGACAGGAAAUGGCACUGGUCUCAGCCCACAGUCAGAUACGAGAAAGGAGACUCUCCGAGGGGAGGAGGGGAGCCUAAUGAUAACGGUGGAGCUGAAAAAUGUGUGGGAAUGGACGAAAACAGCAAGUAUUUGGAUGAUUCCUGUAAUAAAACCUACUCUUGUUUUAUCUGCUACAACGACGGGCCGUUUGUCCUGGUGAAAGAGAAUAAAACCUUUGAGGAGGCUUUGAUCCACUGCAGACACAACUACCACAACUUGGCCUGGUCCAUCGACAAAGAACCAUGGAAGAGCGAGGCCCUUAAGGAAAUCCAAAAAGCCGAGAGUGAGUUCGUGUGGGUGGGGCUGCAUUUAGCCUGCUUCUUCGAGGAAUGGUUCUGGGUCGACGGCAAGUACGUCUCCGCCACCAACAACAACUGGAAGAAUUCUGUGGAGGGAAAGUGUGGUGAUGUUGCAGCAGUGAAGAAAAAAGACAACAAGUGGUACAAGAAGAAUUUGGGGAAAAAAUACAACUUUAUCUGUAUGCGUUCCUGUCCUUGUAAUGGGUAA